GAGGGCCAGCAUUUAACUCACACUCCUAGCAGGACACUUCCGGCUUCCAAGUUCGAAUGCUGGCUAGACAGGAUUCUCAAGAACAAAAGAGAGUUCAGGCGUUCACUGCAGCUGCAGACACCCUUCGAGCAGACGCGCAUGAUGGCACAGCUCCAGAAGGUUGACGAACUGCUGCUCCAGCAGAAGGAUGCUCUGUUGAGGCAGGAGCGGGAGCAAAAUCAGAAGGAAACCAAGUGGAAAUGUCAAGAAAGUAGCAUGCAGCAUGAAGACACCUCUGAUCCACGUGCGACAUUAACACCGCGAAUGAGCUUCGAACGCCAGCUAACCGAUGUAUUACUCAAGGAGCUCCUUGAGAAAAUGUUUGAAGCCGCAGACGAAGACAAAACAGGUCACUUGCAACAUCGGGAGGUGGCAGCCUUACUCUUUGCGUGCCCAUUGGGUCUCUCCAAGUGGGAGGGCGUGCAACUCUUGGCCGCUGCGCAUGAGGAUCCAGAAGGAUGGAUUGACUACGCACACUUCAUGAGGGUCAGCAGGGAAUUAGGCUUGCACGGCAUUCCUGGCAGUCAAUCUGACGGUGAACAGCUGCUUAAUUUAGUUGCGCUACGAACGAAAGUCAACCAAAACUACAUAGAUGUCGGCAUGCAACUGGACAGCUAUUGCCUGAAGUGGUUGCAUAAUUGCUUUGCUUCACAGAACAUUCCAAAGCUGCUCGACCUGUUGAGGGACAGGCGGGAGAAGGCCCAGCUACGCCUAUGCAGGCAGACAGUUCAAAGAGUGACAACAGAUGCAGUACUGCUUCUUUAUAAGGAAGAGAUAGAGGAGACAUUCAGGUAUUCUAGACAAGAUAAAGCAUUUAUCAUGCAAACGGUUCCAGGAAACGAUCGAGGAGAUGUCGAAUACGCAGCUCUACCCACACUGCUUCACAUUCUCAGGCGAGAAAGUGUUAAUAACUCGGUUCUCGAAGUCGACAAGGAGGCAAUCAAGGAGGAGCUAACGAGAGUUUGCGUAGUCGUGGCAUGUGGCUUUGCAUUUCACAAUGCAAUGAGUAAGGUGUAUAAGCAUGCGCUGGCGUGCACUGCCACAUUUAGUCGUAGGCGUGUAUGCUAUAAUCGAGUUUUGUCGCAGAUGGGCACUGAGCCUGGUGGUCUCAUACCAGUGUGGACGCUACGAGAUCUUCUCGACAAAAGCGAUUUAUGCCUAUCUAGGAUGCACAUACAUGUUCGCGUACUGCCGCAGGUGCUUCUCUCGUUGACUUCAAUGAACCGUCAAGGCCAAGUGGAAUGGAGCGAUUUCGUGGAGGUUGUACAAAGGGUUUUGCCUCUCCUCUUUGACACAAACCAAAUAAGCAAGCUAGUCGCUGAUGCCGAAGCGCAAGCAGAGUUCGAAGAAUUGCGCGGGCUCUCAGCCACAGCUGCAAAGCAAAAGCAGAGAGCAAGCCUUGCAGCGCGUCGUCGCAGCAAAUCGCGUGCCAUCCCCCAAAUCCAGAUGCCCGAGCAGGUUGACGAUAGCGAGCAGGGUGAUGCGCCAGAUCGCGAAAGCGUUGAAAAGACCCUUGCACAUCUUUUCACUGUGCUUGAUGACCGCCGGAAAGGAUCAGUGCCUGCUCAUGUGUUCGUUGGAGUUAUGCAUUACUGGACGAGUCGCGGUGGUGUCCAUGCACCUGAGACAGGCGGAAUAUCGCUGCCUACAUCCGCGACAUCAGCCGGUGGAGGUGCUGCUUUGGCAGCAGAGCGCCGAUAUGCAGAUAUAGUGCUAAGCUGCCGCUUGACACCCUCGGAAGUUACGGGCUUUGUUGCGGAGGCAAAAGUAGACCCCCAUGCACAGGAAAUAAGUUAUGCUGAGCAUAUCAAGGGGUGGAUCGGUUCGAUAUUCGAAAUUAGGUAA